ACAUUGUGUAUUACACAAUACACACACACACACACACACAGAAUUCUUUACUUUCGACUUCGAGCCCUCUUCAAAGCCUUCACACACCAGAGCUCUGAGACUCGCAGAGAGAGAGAGAGAAAUGGCUCAGCCACUAGUGAAGAAAGACGAUGAUCGUGACGACGAAGCGGAGUACUCUCCGUUUCUCGGGAUCGAGAAGGGUGCUGUGUUACAAGAAGCUAGGGUUUUCAAUGACCCUCAGCUAGAUCCUAGGAGAUGCUCUCAGGUUAUUACAAAGCUUUUGUACCUAUUGAAUCAGGGAGAGUCGUUCACAAAGGUCGAAGCAACAGAAGUUUUCUUUGCUGUUACUAAACUUUUCCAGUCAAGAGAUAUAGGGUUAAGGAGAAUGGUGUAUUUGAUGAUAAAGGAGCUCUCUCCUUCUGCAGAUGAGGUUAUUAUUGUGACAAGCUCCCUCAUGAAGGACAUGAAUAGCAAGACUGACAUGUACCGGGCAAAUGCUAUUCGUGUGCUUUGUCGGAUAACGGAUGGAACCCUUCUAACACAGAUUGAGCGUUACUUGAAACAAGCAAUUGUUGACAAGAAUCCAGUUGUUGCAAGUGCAGCCCUAGUUAGUGGUAUUCAUUUGCUCCAGACAAACCCGGAGAUUGUGAAGAGGUGGAGUAAUGAGGUUCAGGAAGCUGUUCAAUCAAGGGCGGCCCUUGUACAGUUUCAUGCACUGGCUUUGCUGCAUCAGAUAAGGCAGAAUGAUCGACUGGCUGUAAGCAAGUUGGUUACCAGCUUGACAAGAGGAACUGUUCGCUCUCCUUUGGCCCAAUGUCUCUUAAUUCGUUAUACUAGUCAGGUUAUCCGUGAGUCAGGCAGCACACAAACUGGAGACCGUCCUUUUUAUGAUUUUCUUGAGGGUUGCCUGCGCCACAAGGCUGAAAUGGUGAUUUUUGAGGCUGCCAGAGCAAUCACAGAGCUCAAUGGUGUCACAAGUAGAGAAUUGACUCCAGCAAUUACUGUUCUUCAACUCUUUUUAAGCUCUUCCAAGCCAGUGUUGAGAUUUGCUGCUGUCCGCACUUUGAACAAGGUGGCAAUGACACAUCCAAUGGCUGUCACCAACUGCAACAUUGAUAUGGAGAGUUUAAUUUCUGAUCAGAACCGAAGCAUUGCCACUCUUGCCAUCACCACACUUUUGAAGACAGGAAAUGAAUCAAGUGUGGACCGCCUCAUGAAGCAAAUAACAAAUUUUAUGUCAGAUAUUGCCGAUGAGUUCAAAAUUGUUGUAGUGGAAGCCAUAAGAUCGUUGUGUUUGAAGUUUCCAUUGAAGUACAGAUCUCUGAUGAACUUCCUAAGCAAUAUCCUCAGAGAGGAAGGAGGAUUUGAGUACAAAAAAGCAAUCGUGGAUUCAAUUGUGAUCCUCAUAAGAGAUAUUCCUGAUGCAAAAGAGAGUGGGUUGCUUCAUCUCUGCGAGUUCAUUGAAGAUUGUGAAUUCACCUAUCUUUCCACACAGAUUCUCCAUUUUCUGGGGAUUGAAGGGCCAAAAACUUCAGAUCCUAGCAAAUAUAUACGGUACAUUUACAAUCGAGUACAUCUUGAAAAUGCAACAGUUCGGGCCAGUGCUGUGAGCACAUUGGCAAAGUUUGGUGCUCUAGUUGAUUCAUUGAAGCCCCGCAUAUUUGUUCUGUUGAGACGAUGCCUAUUUGACAGUGAUGACGAGGUUCGUGAUAGAGCAACACUUUAUAUAAAUACCCUUGGAGGUGAUGGUUCAGUUGUUGAAACUGACAAAGAUGUUAAGGACUUCCUCUUUGGGUCACUGGAUCUCCCACUGGCCAAUUUGGAGACAAGUUUGAAAACUUAUGAGCCUUCAGAAGAACCUUUUGACAUUAACUCUGUACCCAAGGAGAUCAAAUCUCAACCACUAGCAGAGAAGAAAGCUCCAGGUAAAAAGCCUACUGGAUUGGGUGCUCCACCAGCUGCACCUGUAUCCACUGUGGAUGCUUAUGAAAAGCUGCUCUCCUCUAUUCCUGAGUUUGCAAACUUUGGGAAGCUUUUUAAGUCUUCUGCACCUGUUGAGCUGACUGAAGCAGAAACAGAAUACUCUGUGAAUGCCGUGAAGCAUAUCUUUGAUAGCAAUGUGGUGUUCCAAUACAACUGCACAAAUACUAUUCCUGAUCAACUACUAGAAAAUGUGACUGUCAUCGUGGAUUCUUCGGAAGCAGAGGAAUUCGCUGAAGUUUUAUCCAAGCCUAUUAGAUCUCUGCCAUAUGAUACACCUGGACAGACCUUCGUGGCAUUUGAGAAGCCAGAGGGAGUCCCAGCUGUGGGCAAAUUUUCAAAUAUGUUGAAAUUCAUUGUUAAAGAGGUUGAUCCAACCACUGGUGAGACAGAGGAUGAUGGUGUUGAAGAUGAAUACCAGCUAGAGGACCUGGAGGUUGUAGCAGCUGAUUACAUGUUGAAAGUGGGGGUCUCCAAUUUCAGAAAUGCAUGGGAAAGCAUGGGUGAUGACUUUGAGCGGGUAGAUGAAUAUGGCCUUGGCCCAAGGGAGAGCUUGGCUGAAGCUGUAAGUGCUGUGAUCAACCUUCUUGGCAUGCAGCCCUGUGAGGGCACGGAGGCAGUCCCAAACAAUUCGAGAUCACACUCUUGCCUCUUAUCUGGUGUUUAUAUAGGCAAUGUGAAGGUGCUUGCGCGAAUCUCCUUUGGGGUUGAUGGUCCAAAGGAUGUGGCAAUGAAAUUGGCAGUCAGAUCUGAGGAUGAAGGUGUCAGUGAUGCCAUUCACGAGAUUGUGGCUAGCGGCUAGAAUAUUUUACAAAUUUUGUUUAUAUUCAAAUUACUUGCCCUUUUUCUUUUUCUUUUUCUUUUUGUUUACUGAAAAUUCAAAUUAUUUUGCCUGCAGCUAGAGCGGCUGCUUGUAACAACAUACUUCUAAAGUGCAAGGUUUUCCGUAAAUUUUUGCAGAAUAAUCUUAGAUCUUUAAACCCUUUAUGUUA